AUGUCCCCCAGAAUCACACGCUCCGCUGCAAAGCUCGCUGCAGAGACUCCAUCCACGCCUGGCACGCGUACAGACCCACCUCCCACCUUCAACCCCUCGGCCACAUCCCAACCUCGGAAACGGAAAGCUACAACUCGUCGAGAUAAAGACUGUCCAAAAACCGACCAAGAAGCCCAUCCUACGUCCAGCUCACCUCCACGGCGAACAAAGAGGCCGAGGACUACUGCCCAGACUACCAGUUCACUCCCUGGGCCCCGUACUCGCUCUCCAGCCCCACGAAAAACCCGUCGACAAGCAGAAAUGUCCCAAUCAGGGUCCUCUUCGCGCCAGGGUGAAGACCAGUCGAAACCUCCAAAGCAAAAAUCAGUCAAAGCGAGGAAGCCAUCGCAAGACACUGGCUCGAAUCAAGUGCCCAACUCCGAACACUCCAAGAAACAGCAGAGUAAAGGGGACUCGGAUAUUACAAUGAAUGAUGCGGAUGAUAUUCAAAAUGACAGUGUGGGAAAAAGCGGAACCCGCAUGUCAUCACCGAACCUCGGUGGCCAACCGUCAAAUAACUCUAGUUUACAUGAAAGAGAUAGCGAUGAUCCUUUCCGGAAUCACUUAUUUGGAUCUCGGAGCCCCUUGGAAUUGCAAAGCACUCUUCGAGCGCUGAGUGGAAUGAUGUCUGGUAUCUCCUCCAGAUUAAGAGAUAUUCUUGUGAAUCUAAGAAUGAAAGAAGAUCCAUCAAUUCAACUUAUUGCGUUGCAAGAACUUUCAGAUCUUUUACUGGUAUCCAAUGAAGAUACACUUGCUGGCCAAUUCUCUUCGGACUCUUAUGUCAAAGAGCUUGUUAGUCUAAUGGAACCUGGCGAAAGCGGCGAAGAGAAUCCAGAAAUCAUGUUGCUUGCGUGUCGCUGUCUGGCAAACUUGAUGGAAGCCAUUCGGGGCUCUGUCACGAACGUUGUAUACGGCGGUGCAGUUCCGGUGCUUUGUCGAAAGCUUUUGGACAUUCAAUUCAUCGAUCUUGCGGAACAAGCUCUAAGUACACUCGCCAAAAUUUCUGUGGACUUUCCAUCUUCCAUCGUACGCGAAGGAGGGUUGACAGCGUGCUUGACUUACCUUGACUUUUUCCCCACAAGUACACAACGUACAGCUGUUACAACAGCUGCUAAUUGCUGUCGUAAUCUUCCUACCGAUUCAUUCAAUGUCGUCAAAGACGUAAUGCCCACAUUACUGCAUGUCCUUUCUAGUAGCGAUCAAAAGGUCAUGGAACAGGGUUGCCUUUGCGUUUGUCGAGUGGUAGAAAGUUUCAAGUACAAACCAGAGAAGCUGGAAGAAUUGAUCAAGCCAGAUAUGCUCAGAGCAAUCCUGCGUCUUCUCCUGCCGGGGACUACUAAUUUGAUCGGCUCGCAUAUUCACACUCAAUUUUUACGCGUUUUGGCAAUAACCUGCAGAUCAAGCCCUCAGUUAUCAAUGGAACUUCUUAAAAUGGAUGUUGUCGAUACACUUUAUCAGAUUUUAACCGGAGUGUCUCCCCCAUCUAACCUCAAUGAUGGUCUGGUCAAGAUAGACAGCGUUCACAUAAUGCAGGCUCUAAUUCAUCGACCACGAGAACAAAUAUAUGAAACAUUAAAUGUCAUCUGUGAACUCUUACCCAAUGUUCAGGAUGAAGAAGCUCUUGUUCACAACCACGUGUAUACUGCGUUUGAGGAAGAUAUUAUGCCAUACUCAAGCUCUCGCAGAGAAAAGUUGACUGAAAAACGGGUUGGGUUGCUCAAAUCUUGCCAAAAUGAAAUGAAGAGAUUUGCUACUAUUCUUUUACCCACUCUCACUGAUGCAUAUUCCAGCACAGUCAAUUUUGGUGUUAGACAAAAAGUGCUUCUUGCGCAGUUAAAAAUGCUUCAAUACCUAGAUGUUCAGAUUAUUCAGGAUGCUCUCCGCAAUGUACCUUAUGCGUCAUUUUUGGCUGCAAUCUUGUCCCAAGAUGACCAUUUGUUACUUGUGGCAUUGGCUCUUCGGUGCGCGGAGCUCCUAUUUAAACGCCUAAGAGAGAUUUAUCAGUAUCAAUUUCACCGAGAGGGUGUCAUCUCGGAGGUUACUAAAUUUGCUGAGAGACCCUUACCAGCUCAAGAACAUGCGAAAAAAUUAAAUAAACCUGCCGUGGAUAUUGAAAAUGAAAACAGUUCUGAUGAUGGAAGAAACGAAAGUCAUACUCAUGAUCGCAGUGAGCCUCAUGACAAUGAUGGAGACAGUGAUGAGUACGAUGAUUAUCAUGAAACCUAUAUUGAAGAUCAUGAUAACGUCCAUGAUCAUGAUAAUAUUUCGGAAUCAGGUGACUCCUCUGCAUCAGACGCCGUCCAGUUUCCUAUCCCACAGUUUACAAAUGAGAAACUAGUGGUUGACUACGCGAAAGAUUUCCUGCAGCUUUAUGAAAGCACCAAAGGCAUUGAGCUACAUGACAAGGCAUUCAAAGGGCUUCAGACUCUGAAGUCGCUUGUCUUAGAAAUAGCAAGCUGUUAUCGCUGUUCAAAGACAGACGAUGGCUACUUACUUUUUCAACGGCUUUCCUCAUAUUUCUGCAACGAUGCUAUCGACAGCAUCACGAGUGCAGAGCUUCUCAAUUCUGGCGUAAUCCAAACCUUAUUGGAUGUUAUUGGUAAUGGUAAAAUGGGGACUACAAGCAAUGCUCGAACCGAUUUCUUACGUGCUUUUAUGGCUCAGAAUAAUUCCAACAGCAGCGACACUGCAGCUCCCUUUGGCAUUUUAAUCCACAAAUUGCAAGACUUGCUUAGUCGAACAGAGCAUUUUGAAGUGAUCACUGUGCAUCAUAACUCUUACGAAAGUCGAAACACGUCAUCAAUGCUGUCUAAGCAGAUUCGUCUCAGAAUACUUGCUGAAGAUGAAUCAGACAUUCCAAAAUCGUACCGAAAUAUGAUGGUUUCCAUCCACGCAAUUGCAAAUUUCAAAGCACUUGAUGAAUAUCUUCGGCCAAGAAUAGCUCUAUCAGAGCGACCCAGGUCCAAAAAAACCAUUGACCCGAUCCUUUCGCAGCCCGGAAGUUCUUCUCGAACGAAGGAAUCCUCAAGUGAUGGAAGAGCCUUACAUUCGACUGAUAAGAACAAAGAGCCUACUCCUACACGGCUAGGGUCAUCCAGAGCUCGUAAAACUACCCACGCCUCCAAAACUUCUGAUAAUACAAAAGCCGGUUCUAGUACAUCCCCUCAAACAGGGCCAUCUGGGAACUCAAAAGAUCGAUCUAGCCGUUCUUCUCGACGGUCGACCAGACGACAGCCUCCCCCCCCACCUCCUCCGGCUCUGGAUGAUGAGAGCGAGGCGUCUGAUGAGCCCUUGGAGUGCGUGGAUGAACGGAGACUUGCAGCUGAUAACGGCGGCGAUGACGACGAAGAUGAUGAAGACGUUGGUGGUCCAUUGGACGCCAUUGUCGACGACCUUGAUGGAGAUAUGUCUGAGGCUAGUAUUGCUGACCCAACAGCAGUUAAUAUGGAAGUUGCUUCCAGUGGGAAGGUGACCGCCCGAAGGGAUGAUGGAACUCAAAUCCCGACGCCUUCACAGUCAGCGUCUACAGCAAAUGCCCCUUCUACGUCGGCUUCUUCUGCUGCGCAGGCCUUGCGAAAUUCUCUGGCAUUGGCAGGUCGUCCAUUUUCUUCAUACGCGGCUGCAAUGGCUUCCAUUCCCCAGGACUGGCAUAUUGAAUUUAGCAUUGAUGGUAAACCCAUCACACAUGACACAACAAUUUAUCGGGCAAUUCAUCACAAACGUAACCCCGUGCCCGACAGCUAUUCUGGAAGCGUGUGGUCUAAUAUCCACACGAUUCGCUUUAAGCGUGUGCGGGGCCCUCCUCCUUCAGAGCCUUCUAGACCUACUACAGCAGUGUCCCAGAUACCUGAGAGUGAGGACAAUGAGGAAUUACCAGAAUCCCUGAUGGAGGCCGCAACUACUGCUGCUAUUUUAAGACUGCUACGUGUUUUACAUCGACUGAACUCUCAAUUAGAUGAUAUAUUGGCAGAAACGAAAGAGCCUCUAGGAGCUGUUGCGGAGCCACUGGCACAAUUCAUCAACACUAAGCUUACAGCGAAAUUGAAUCGACAACUCGAAGAACCAUUAAUUGUAGCCAGCAACUGUUUACCGAGCUGGAGUGAAGAUCUUGCACGUCACUUCCCGUUCCUUUUCCCCUUUGAAACCCGUCAUCUCUUCCUCCAAUCCACAUCAUUCGGCUACGCUCGCUCGAUGGUGAGAUGGCAAGGCUCCCAAUCUGCAGAUGACAAUAGAAAUCAACGCAGAGAAGAUCGCCCUUUCUCUCGGCUUCAACGGCAAAAGGUUCGGAUUUCGAGAACUAGGAUCCUGGAGUCCGCUAUGAAAGUAAUGGAGUUAUAUGGCUCCUCUUCCAGCGUUCUCGAGGUAGAGUAUUUUGAAGAAGUGGGCACUGGCCUAGGGCCAACUUUGGAAUUCUAUUCCACAGUGUCAAAGGAAUUCUGCAAAACGAAGUUGAAUCUUUGGCGUGAACACGACACCGAUGGUGACGAAUACGUCUAUAGCAAGCGUGGCCUUUUUCCAGCUCCUUUGAGCUCGGAACAACUGGCCCAGGAUUCGGGCAAAAAGAUUUUAGGUUAUUUCAAAGGCCUUGGGAAGUUUGUUGCGCGUUCCAUGCUAGACUCGAGGAUUGUUGAUAUCGCAUUCAAUCCUAUGUUUUUUCGGAUCUCAAAUAACUUGUCGACUUUUAAGCCAUCUAUUGGCGCCAUUAAAGCUGUGGACCCUGAAUUAGCGAACUCGUUGCUGACUAUCAAACAAUUCGCCGAUGUAAAGUCUGAGAUCAAGGCCAACUCCUCUCUAACUACCGAACAAAAGGCACACGACAUCCAGGCAUGCGAAGUGGGUGGCGUAAAAAUCGAAGAUAUGGGGCUAGACUUCACUUUACCGGGUUAUCCUAGCAUUCAACUAUUACCCAACGGGGCCAAUGUCCCGGUUACAAUGGAGAAUGUUGAUCUGUAUGUGGAUACAGUCCUCGAUAUGACUUUGGGAGGUGGGGUUUGUGAGCAACUUGAGGCCUUUAGAUCGGGAUUUUCUCAAGUAUUUUCUUACUCUGCCCUGAGGGCCUUCACAGCAAACGAAUUGGCGAUGUUAUUUGGCCAGGUGGAAGAAGAUUGGACAAUUGAAACGUUGAUGGAUUCGAUGAAAGCCGACCAUGGCUUUAACAUGGAUUCCCGUAGUGUUCGAAACUUGCUCGAAACAAUGAGCCAGUUUGACCUACAGCAGCGUCGUGAUUUCCUACAGUUUGUUACUGGAAGUCCAAAGCUUCCCAUUGGGGGUUUCAAGAGUCUUACCCCCAUGUUCACUGUGGUUUGCAGACCAAGUGAGCCUCCGUAUACGUCCGAUGACUACCUUCCCAGCGUGAUGACCUGCGUCAAUUAUUUAAAACUCCCCGACUAUACGAGUGCUGAAAUCCUUCGAAAACAGCUCGACAUUGCUAUGCGCGAGGGCCAGGGUGCCUUCCAUCUCUCGUAA